GUCCUUGUCGGUGUUCGAUGAUGAUGAUUAGUGGAUGAGGGAUCUUCAAUAAACUUUUGCAACUUCACUGGAGAACCACCAAAAAACCGAAAACAAGAAUAACCAACAGCAAACGGUCAAGAGGAAGAAAAUUUAAUCUGAUUCGACAACUGCGAAGAGAACCAGUUCUAGUCCACCAACACCUGGAACCGAUCAUGUCAGUCAAUAACAGCCAAGGAGAAGAGGAGCUCCAUCUGAGCAACAGUCAAUCCACCGACGCCCAUCCCCAUCUGACCUCCGCUUUCACCGACUCGCAACCGAAGACUGAAUCCUCGACCACUUCUUCCUCUUCGCCCCGUCCCGAACCCCUCCACCAACACACCAACGACCCCGAUCCGUCGAAUCCUCAUCCGCUGGCCUCCGAUCCCAACGAGGGCCCCAAGCCAGCCGCCCAAGGCACUCAUUCUUCAGAGAGCCCCGAACCGGAUCAGGAACCUAAAAUCGAUUAUAUCAUCACUUUGAAACAGGACACCACUAAAGAACAAUACGAGCUGUACAAACAACAACUGAUCGACCAAGGAGCGCAAAUCAAACAUGAAUAUUUUUCAAUCAUCCUUAAAGGGUAUGCGGUCUCUUUGAAACCGUCGAAAUUGCAAAGCUUCCAACAAGAUCCAUUAGUCAAAGACGUCGAAAUGGACCAAAAAGUUCAUAUCUAAAAGAAGAAAAGAAAAAAAAGGGGGAAAAACCCUUCACAUCUCUUCCAUCUUCUUUCCAACCCUUUUUCCUCUCCCUAACCAUUCAAAAAAAGCCGACUUGGAUGUACGACAAGCUUGGAUCAAGGGAACACAAACACGACCCCGACUAUUGCUCAUGUUACGGUCUUAUCGAGACCGAUUAAAGACUUCUUUGAUUUGCCUAUUCUAUGCUGAUGUAAUAUAUAUAUACAAGUAAAAUGAAACAAGAAAAGAGAAGAACGACAGUCUGAAGAAACAGGUGCUAUUGUACCAUAGAUAGUUAUGAGCAUAGGAAGACCUGUUUAUGUCACACUUGCCUGUAGGGUCUAUCAGCUAGAACAAAAGUGUUGAGAGAAUUUUCAAAAAAAAAAAUGCUUGAAAUGAAUUACUGGAGUAGCAAAGUUGCUC